AGGCACGUAGGACAGCGUGUGUCUGCCAUUGUAGAGUAGUGCUGUGUUCAUUGUGUCUGUCCCUCUUUGUGUGGCUGGCCAGGGGAUCAUGGCAACCUGGAGUACAGGCCGGCAGUGUGGCAAUCCUAUUUAGAGGCUAUGAAAUCUGUUCGGGGAGAGAAAGCAUAGGAGGAGAACCUCAGAAAUAUUCAUCCAAAAUGCAGCCAAAAAUAAAAUUACUUUUUUAAAGCAGGAUUAUCUCAUUUUAAAAUAUUCCUUUUUACAUACUACAAUAAAGAGGAUUUAUUAGGUCAUUGUGAAGGUAUAGGGGCAGGCUGAACAGCUUAGCUGUCUGUGUUUGGGGGUUAUGGGUUAAUGUGAUCUGUGUCUCUCUGGACAUCCAGUGAAAGACAUGGAAAUGAAGUGACACCCGUGGAGAUACAGCAGCCUGCUGGGCUGCCAUGUCUCUGUCAGUGCCAGCGAUGGACGAGAGGAAAAAAGGAAGAAGCAGUCAAUUUGUUCUCUUUGCUCCCUCCCCACCUGUCUCUCUUUGUCUGGGUGUUAUCUGACCAAUGGGGGGGCUGCAUGCAGACUGGUGCUGGGCAUCUUUGAAGCCUGAGCAGCACAGUGUAACUGUGUCUGUUUAUGUUUGUAUAUGUGUGUGUGAGAGAGAGAGAGCUCAUCUUAAUUCUGCAUAGUUCUGUUAUCAUUCCUCAGCAGGGCCUAGCGAUACCCUCGGGUCAUCUCUGUUUCCACCUCCUUCGUUUUCUCUCUCUUUUUUGCUAUUUCUUUGACAGACACACAAAAAACAGAGCAAGGGUAGCUUCUUCAGUGCUUCCAUGAGAGAGAGAAAGAGCGAGAGAGAGAGAGAGGGGGGUGUGAUCACUGAGCAGCCGUGUAGCAAACAGAUAAUCACAGUCUGAUUGAACCACCUCAUCAAACAGCCCUGGAGCCCCUCAGUCACUCUAGCUGUUUCAUUAAGAUUUGUGGAGUAAAUGUCAUAUGAAUUCCUGGAGUCAUUUCAUUGUAGCUCACACACACAAAAUUCAUUUAAGCAAACAAAUUAUGUGCACACAUUUUCACACAUGCACAGAUACAUAUCUAGGAAGGCCUUUAGGAAACCAGCAUAAAAGUACAUCAAAUGUUGAAUCGGUGCUGCAAAACCCAUCAAGGCCUUCAACAUAAAUAUUUUUUCCUGCAUUUUUUUCUGUGAUUAUUUACAUUUAGUUUUGCCUUUUCUGUUGGACCCAUCUUCACCCCUAGGUGCCAGUGCUGCAGCCCAUGGACUUGAUGGUUGACGCUACAGCCAAGCGUGUUUUCAGCAAUGCCCAUACCUACCACAUCAACUCUAUCUCUGUCAACUCUGACCUUCAGACGUUCAUCUCUACUGAUGACCUCAGGGUAAACCUGUGGAACCUGGAGAUCACUGACCGCAGCUUCAACAUUGUGGACAUCAAGCCGGCCAACAUGGAGGAGCUGACGGAAGUGAUCACCUCAGCGGAGUUUCAUCCCCAGCAGUGUCACACCUUUGCCUACAGCAGCAGCAAGGGGUCAAUACGCCUCUGUGACAUGAGACAGGCUGCACUCUGUGACAAACACUGCAAAUGUAAGUAUUGAUAAAGGACAUGAUGGAGGUUUUAUUUAU